AUGUGUCAAGGACAGCUGCCUCAACCCGAUGAAUUGAAAGAAGGCAUUAAUAAGGUAAUCAUUCACCGGCUGCCGGAUGACGCGUGGUUGUCGAGUCCUGAGGGGGAUUUUCCAGAAAGGGCCAUUGAGCAGAUCGAGUUUCGUUCUUCCAAGAUAGCUCGUAUAGAAGAUGGCUUUUUCAGCAGGCUAAGUGGACCCAAUCGUCUAAGGAAGCUGACAUUUCAGGGCGUGACAAGUAGUGCAGCUCUUGAUGCAAAGACUCUCGCCGGUCUAGGGAGUUCUCUCAAUGAACUGAAAGUAGUCGGAAAAGUGGACGUUGACCUCAACGCCGUAGGCAACCUGAGUGCUCUUACAGAAUUAGCACUGCUCAACGCAAACGCCUCCCCGAUGCCAGAAGGGUUUCUUGCCUCCUUGCCCAUGCUUCGAGUUUUGGAAGUGGUCAACUCAAAUCUCUCUACCCUGCCGUGGAGUUCCCUUAUACAGUGGGCUAACGAAGACAGGACGAGGGGUCUUCGAAUCAGUAAUAUGGUAGUGGAUUGCGAUUGCCGCGCUCUGGUGCUUGCAGAACAAGAUCCGGCCCUAUUCACAAGGUAA